GCCAGCGGCUCCCAGUCGAAGGGCAGAAGCAGAAGAGUCAGUGGUGACUGAAUUCCCCUAACCAGAUCCAUCCAGCCAGUAUAUUCUGAUUUGGGACCCUGGUCUGCAUGGCGGCGCCCAGGGUGGUGGUGGAGCCCGCGGGCCGCGUGUGCUGGGACGAGCCGGUGCGCAUCGCCGUGCACGGCCUGGCCCCCGAGCAGCCCGUGGCGCUGCGCGCGUCCCUGCGCGACGAGAAGGGCGCGCUCUUCCGGGCCCACGCGCGCUACCGCGCCGACGCCCGCGGCCAGCUGGACCUGCAGCGCGCGCCCGCGCUGGGCGGCAGCUUCGCGGGGCUCGAGCCCAUGGGGCUCGUCUGGGCCCUGCAGCCCGACAGGCCCUUCUGGCGCUUGCUCAAGCGGGACGUGCAGACGCCCUUGCUGCUGGAGCUGGAGGUGCUGGACGGCCGCGAGCCCGCCGGGCCCGGCGAGCCCGAGGGCGGGCGCGUGCUGGCGCGGGCGGUGCACGAGCGGCACUUCAUGGCGGCCGGGGUGCGGCGGGUGCUGGUGCGCGAGGGCCGGGUGCGGGCCACCCUCUUCCUGCCGCCAGGUGAGGGGUGUUUUGCAGGGAUCAUUGAUCUGUUUGGAAGUGGCGGUGGUCUCUGUGAAUACAGAGCCAGCCUCCUGGCAGGACAUGGUUUUGCUGUGCUUGCCCUGGCUUAUUUCAGAUAUGAAGACCUCCCUGAGUAUUUGAGUGACGUGUGCCUGGAGUACUUUGAAGAAGCUGUGUGUUUUAUGCUGCAACAUCCAAAGGUGAAAGGUCCUAGCAUUGGGCUUCUUGGCUUCUCCAAAGGAGGUGACCUGUGUCUUUCCAUGGCUGCUUUCCUGAAGGACAUCACAGCCACUGUACUUAUCAAUGCCUGUGUGGCCAACACUAUAGUUCCUCUGCAUUACAAGGAUAUGAUCAUUUCUGAUCUUGGCACUGACUCCUCAAAACAAAAAACCACUGAGUCAGGCCUUUUGGAUUUUGUAGAUGUCUGGAAUAAUCCACUGGAGGAACCCAACCACGGAAGUCUCAUUCCAUUGGAAAAGGCCCAAGGGCCCUUUCUGUUUAUUGUUGGUAUGGAUGAUCAUAACUGGAAGAGUGCGUUCUAUGCACAAAUAGCCUCUGAACGGUUACAAGCCCAUGGGAAAGACAGACCGCAAAUAAUCUACUAUCCAGAAACUGGUCAUUGUAUUGACCCACCUUAUUUUCCUCCCUCCAGAGCCUCUGUGCAUGCAGUGCUGGGUGAAGCAGUGUUCUAUGGAGGAGAGCCAAAGGCUCACUCAAGGGCACAGGAAGAUGCCUGGCUGAAGAUUCAAACUUUUUUUCAUAAACAUCUCAAUGGUAAAAAGUCUGUGAAGCAUCCAGGUGCUGGUGGCUCACGCCUAUAAUCCUAGCCACUCCAGGAGGCUGAGAUCUUCA